AUGGUUACUUUCACUACUUUGCCUCCAUGGAAGACUCAAGAACCAGAAUUUGAAUGCGUUGAUAUCUACAAACAACCUUCACUACAACAUCCUCGACUUAUAAAUCAUCAUAUCCAAAUGAGACCAAGCGAUGAAGUCUUAGCCAUGUUAUCGAUGGACUCAUCAAAAAACUUAUCAAACGAUAAAGCGGUUGCAGAAUUUGAUAUGCCAGAAGAAGGAUGUCCCGAAGGACAAGUACCAAUCCAUAAACCAAGAAACUCCAAUUACUCCAAGAAACGUUUCCACCUUAAUGGCUAUGGAACUAUUGGUCAACAUGCUGCGUUAAUUCAUAAAACAGAAGGCAACUCAUGGCGUGGAGCAUCAGCAUGGAUUAGUGUUUACCAGCCUAAAGUGACUAAGGACCAAUUAAGCAUGGCUUUGAUUUGGAUCAACAGCGAAUAUGAUGGCAUACGCAACACCAUCCAACUUGGUUGGGGGGUAAUUCCGCAAUUAUAUGGCGAUUAUCGUACAAGACUUACUACAUAUUGGAGUCCAGAUAACGAUGACGAAGGAUGCUACAAUAUGUUAUGUUCGGGUUUCGUUCAAAUCGACUCAACACUCUUUCUUGGUACCCCUUUUACCAACAUCUCUGAGGUGGGAGGCAAACAAUAUAACGCCUUUUUUUCAGUCAAUCAGGAUCCAAAAACAGGAAAUUGGAUUCUAACGUCCGGGAGAAUCUACAUAGGGUAUUGGCCAGGAGAACUUUUACCGUUUAUGGAUGAUGGAGCAGAAGAGGUUCGGUACGGUGGAUUCACGAAUGCAGAGUCCGAAAAUUUGCAACCGUUCGAUAUAGUUAGUCCGCCGAUGGGGAACGGGAAUAAACCACAAGAGGAAGAAGUGGAUCUAAAGUAUAAUUGUUACAUGCAUCAUGUGCAAUAUGUAACACAGGAUUAUAAAAAUGUUGAGAUUGAUUCUAAUAAAGUCGCCGAGGACGCGGACGCUGGUAAAUGUUACGAUGUAAUUUAUCUUGAUAACUUUGGCUCAAUGCGGCAAACUUUUAUUUUUGGUGGACCAGGUGGUUUUUGUGAUGUGUGA